CAAUUUCACAUAUUCUCUUUAUAUUAAACCCUUCGUUUUUAUUUUCGCUGCCUUCUCUCAUUUAUCUCUACUACUAUUUCCCCUUUUUCGUCUAACAUUUUCCUUUGCAGACUUUUGAUAAAACCCUAACCCUAGCUCGUCGAAUUCUUCACUCGAAGAACUAUGGGAGAAAACAGAGAAAACGAAGCUUACGAAGAGGAGCUUCUUGAUUACGAUGAGGAAGAAGAGAAGGUUCCAGAUUCCGGAAUCAAAACCAAUGGCGAAGCUGGAAAAAAGGGCUACGUUGGAAUUUACAGUUCAGGAUUUAGAGACUUUCUUUUGAAGCCAGAACUUUUGCGGGCAAUUGUUGACUCUGGUUUUGAGCAUCCAUCUGAAGUGCAACAUGAGUGCAUUCCUCAAGCUAUAUUGGGUAUGGAUGUGAUAUGCCAAGCAAAAUCUGGUAUGGGGAAGACUGCUGUUUUUGUACUGUCAACCUUACAACAGAUUGAUCCUGUAGCGGGACAAGUUGCUGCACUUGUUCUUUGUCACACCAGGGAGCUGGCGUAUCAGAUCUGUCAUGAAUUCGAGAGGUUUAGCACAUAUUUGCCAGGCAUUAAAGUUGCUGUGUUCUAUGGCGGUGUCAACAUCAAAGUUCACAAGGACCUGCUGAAGAAUGAAUGCCCGCACAUUGUUGUGGGUACACCUGGAAGAGUACUUUCACUAGCUAGAGACAAGGAUCUCUCAUUAAAGAAUGUUCGUCAUUUUAUCCUUGACGAAUGUGAUAAAAUGCUAGAGUCCCUUGACAUGAGAAGAGAUGUUCAAGAGAUCUUCAAAAUGACACCUCAUGACAAGCAAGUGAUGAUGUUCUCUGCCACUCUCAGCAAAACGAUCCGUCCUGUUUGCAAAAAAUUUAUGCAAGAUCCGAUGGAAAUAUAUGUUGAUGAUGAAGCCAAGUUGACCCUUCAUGGUCUUGUCCAGCACUACAUCAAAUUGUCCGAGCUAGAGAAAAAUCGCAAGCUGAAUGACCUUUUGGAUGCUUUGGAUUUUAACCAAGUUGUCAUCUUUGUAAAGAGUGUGAGUAGAGCUGCUGAGCUGAACAAACUUCUUGUGGAGUGCAACUUCCCUUCAAUCUGCAUCCAUUCUGGCAUGUCUCAAGAAGAGAGGCUUGCUCGAUACAAGGGAUUUAAAGAUGGGAAGCAAAGAAUCCUAGUUGCAACAGAUUUAGUAGGCCGAGGAAUUGACAUUGAAAGAGUUAAUAUAGUUAUUAAUUACGACAUGCCAGACUCUGCAGACACAUACUUGCAUCGGGUUGGCAGAGCUGGCAGGUUUGGAACUAAGGGGCUAGCCAUUACAUUUGUUGCCUCUGCUUCUGAUUCUGAUGUUCUAAAUCAGGUCCAAGAGAGGUUUGAGGUGGACAUCAAAGAGCUUCCCGAGCAAAUUGACACCUCCACAUACAUGCCGUCCUAAGAUAGGUACACCACACUAGCAAAGCUUAUGGUUGCAUGCGGUGGAAAUAUCUCCGAGAAGAUGGUGGACGGAAUUAGAAGUAUGUGCGGUGGUUUUUGCUUUGCUGAAGCUGUUGAAUUCAGCAGUUUUUUUGUUGUCUUGAAUUUCUGAAGGCAUUGUAGACUCAAGUAAUGGUAUUGGUAGUUUUCCUAUUGUCAGAAUGCUCAACUAUUGUGUUAAUUUUAGAAUGUUGUAGCUGUUAUGUCUUAUCAACUUUUGUGGAUAUAUGUAGAAUGUAGACAUGAUGGCUAAUGCAGAAAAAAACUCAUCUUAAAAGGUUUAGGAGUAUCGGAUUGUAUUGA